CAAAAAAAAAAAAAAAACAAAAAGAAAAAGCUGGACAUUUUCUCUGGUGCAGCAAGAACCAUGACAUUAUUUUUCUGUAUCGAAGAAAUCGCUUUGCUUGCCCUUCUUCUUGCUUUUAUUCCGCUCUUCCUGGCUAUAAAAUAUGCCAAAAACAAGAAAAAUGGCAAGACACCUCCGCCUGAGGCAGCAGGAUCUUGGCCUAUUAUUGGUCACCUGCAUCUUCUUGGUGGAGCAAAGCAGCUACCGCACAGAACACUCGGGUGCUUGGCCGAUGAGCUUGGGCCAAUCUUCUCUAUACGUCUUGGAAUUCAUCGAGUACUUGUAGUGAGCAACUGGGAAGUAGCAAAGGAAUGUUUCACAACAAAUGACAAGGUCUUUCCUACACGUCCAAAAUCCUUGGCAGUGAAAAUCAUGGGCUAUGAUCAUGCGAUGCUUGGCUUUGCACCUUAUGGGCAGUACUGGCGUGAUGUGAGGAAGCUAGCCGUCGUUGAACUCCUCUCAAACCGCCGGCUUGAGUUGCUCAGGCAUGUCAGAGAUACUGAAACUAACUUCUUUAUUAAAAAAUUGUAUCAGGAAGCAGUAAAGAAUGGUGGACAUGCUGUAGUGGAAAUGAAGGAAAGAUUUGGGGAGUUGGCUAUGAACAUAAUAGCAAAAAUGGUUUCUGGGAAGCGAUACUUUAGUGGUAAUAAUGGAAUUAAAGGUGAAGAUUCAAGGCAAUUCUGUAAGGCUUUAGAGGAUUUCAUGUAUCUAACUGGGUUGUUCUUGGCUUCUGAUACAAUCCCAUUUCUGGGUUGGUUGGAUUUGGUAAAGGGACAUGUUGGUGAGAUGAAGAGAACAGCUAAGGAGCUAGAUGAAGUGUUAGGGAGGUGGGUGAAGCAGCAUAGAGAGAAGAGGAUCAAAGGAGUCAUCAAGGAGGAGGAGCAAGAUUUCAUCCAUGUUAUGCUUUCUGUCAUGGAUGAUGGCGAGAUCUCUGCUAAUGAAGCUGACAAAAUCAUCAAGGGUACUUGCCUGAGUCUUAUUUUAGGGGGCAAUGAUACCACAGUGGUCACUCUUAUAUGGGCACUAUCUUUGCUAUUAAACAAUCCCAGAGUUCUUAAAAAGGCUCAAGAUGAGCUUGACAUCCAAGUAGGGAAGCACCAACAAGUGAAGGAGUCGCAUGUAAAGAACCUCGUGUACUUGCAAGCUGUUGUCAAGGAGACAUUGAGACUAUACCCAGCCACUCCACUCUCAGUGCCAAGGGAAGCCAUGGAGGAUUGCAUCAUAGCCGGCUUCCACAUCCCAGCAGGCACUCGACUUUUUGUUAACCUGUGGAAGUUACACCGUGACCCAAGCAUUUGGACUAAUCCUUUGGAAUUUCAGCCUGAGAGGUUCCUGAAUGAGCAUGCCAGUUUGGAUGUGAGGGGUCAGGAUUUUGAAUACUUACCAUUUGGAUCUGGUAGAAGAAUGUGUCCAGGAGUGUCAUUUGCCCUCCAGGUUUUGAACCUGACACUGGCUCGACUGCUUCAUGGGUUUGAAUUGCGGACUGUAUCUGAUAGUCCAGUUGAUAUGAAUUAGAGUCCUGGAUUAACAAACCUUAAAGCAACACCAUUGGAGGUUGCCUUGAGCCCAAGAUUACCUUUCAUGCUCUAUGAAGGUUAAGUAGCAUAGGAGGCAUAGCCAAGCCUCUGUAUAAUCAUAUUCAUUGUCCAAGAAACGUAAGUGUACUCAGAUAUGUGAGAGAAACCUUGUAUUGGUUUGGGCCUCUUAAUAGCUGUUGUACUUUUAAAAAACAAAA